CUCGGGCUGCCAGUCCUCCUCUGCGCGUGUUUCCUCUGAGAGCUCCCUCCGUGUCAUGACUCGGCGCAGCGAGGACUCUUCUGCAGGGCUGGGAACCCGGUUCUUUGAUGAAAUAUGCGAUGUUCGGGGGAGCACUCGGUCCUUUUUCUUUUUCAUUUUGUCCUCAUUUUGGCGGCUGGCCAGGGAGAGCUCUCCGGUGGACUCUUCCCCCUCUUUGCAGAGCAAGGUCAUUUGUCCGAGCCGGGGUCAGAUUUUUCCAUCGUCCACCCGGUGAAAACCAGCCCUGGAGGGGAGUUCAUCUCCCACCAAGUGUCCCACCACUUUAAGUGGGGGAGAGCCAGAAGGGACCUGCCUUCUCCGUCCCCAGAGGGACGGGUUUACUACAGGGUCAAGUACAGGGGUCAGGCUUUGACGUUCAACCUGACCGCAAACGGUCAGCUGGUCUCCCGCCACUACGUCCUGGAGAGGAGGAAUGGCAGCUCCGGCAGCACCGAGCAUCGGCGCUUAGCCGGGAAUCCCUGCCACCUCGUUGGCAGCGUGGAAACCUCGGCCGGGCGAGGGACGGCCGCCAUCAGCACCUGCAGAGGAAUGAGAGGCUUCUUCUCACUGCCUGAGGGGCACUACUUUAUCGAACCUGUUCCAAAAUCUCCCGAGGAUCCAAAAGGAGCUCCGGAGCCACACGUCAUCUAUCCAAGAGCUGGCUCUGAAGCUCACCGAAAAAAACGCAGCCUGGAAUCCAAACAGACUCCAAGUCCCUGUGGAGUUGAAGAUGCUCCGAGUGACGCCGUCCAGGUGGAGAUGGAGAGGGAGGAAUGGGAGAGGGAGCAGCGGGGGGGGGCGGCUCGGGCCCCAGCUCGUCCACAGCGCUCGGUCAGCAGAGAGCGGUGGGUGGAGACCAUGGUGGUGGCCGAUUCCAAGCUCAUUGAAUACCACGGCAGCGACAACGUGGAGUCCUACAUCUUCACCAUCAUGAACAUGGUAGCUGGGAUAUUUCACGAUGCCAGUAUUGGGAAUGCUAUCCACGUCAUCUUAGUGCGCCUCAUUCUCCUGCAAGGUGAUGAGAAAGACCUGAAGAUCGUUCACCAUGCCGACACCACUUUGGCAAGUUUCUGUGCCUGGCAGAAAAACUUAAACCCCCAAAGUGACACGCACCCAGCUCACCACGAUGUUGCUGUGCUGAUCACCAGGAAGGACAUCUGCGCAGGAAUGAAUCAGCCUUGUGAGACUCUGGGUCUGUCUCAUCUGUCUGGAAUGUGUCAGCCUCACCGCAGCUGCAACAUCAAUGAGGAUUCAGGACUACCUGUCGCCUUCACUGUCGCUCAUGAAAUGGGCCAUAGUUUUGGAAUCCAUCACGAUGGCCAGGGGAAUGACUGUGAGCUGCAGGGGAGGCACCCAUUCAUCAUGUCCAGACAGCUGAUGUACGACAGCUCGCCCCUCACUUGGUCUCCCUGCUCCAAAGAAUACAUCACACGCUUCCUGGAUCGUGGCUGGGGGUUCUGUUUAGACGACCGUCCUUCUAAGAGAGACCUUACCACCCCGCUGGCUCGCCUGGGUGUCCGCUACACCACCCACCACCAGUGCCAGCUCCAGUAUGGGCCAAAUGCUACCUUUUGCCCCGAGGUUGAUAACGUUUGCCAGAUUCUCUGGUGUUCAGUGAACGGCUCCUGUCGCUCCAAACUGGACUCUCCAAUAGAUGGCACUCGCUGUGGACCAGAGAAGUGGUGUAUCUCUGGAGAAUGUGUAAUCGUGGGUAAACUUCCUGAGACGGUGAAUGGAGCCUGGGGACAGUGGAGUACAUGGUCUUACUGUUCCAGGACCUGUGGAACUGGAGUUCAGUCAGCAGAGAGGGAAUGCAACAAUCCUAAACCAGAGUUUGGGGGCAAAUAUUGCACUGGGGAAAGGAAGCGUUAUCGAACCUGUAACACAAAACCUUGUGAGAGUGACAGACCAACCUUCAGAGAGAUGCUGUGCAGUGAGUUUGACACGGUGCCCUACCACAAUGAGCUCUACCAGUGGAUUCCUGUAGCUAACCCAUUUAACCCCUGUGAACUCAACUGCCGACCGGUCGGUGAGCAUUUUUCUGAGAAGAUGUUCGACACUGUGACCGACGGAACGCCGUGCUUCAUGAACAACAACUCCAGAAACAUCUGUGUUAACGGAGUAUGCAAGGAGGUGGGCUGUGACUAUGGCAUUGACUCAAAUGCAGUGGAGGAUCGCUGUGGAGUCUGCCUGGGGGACGGCACAAGCUGCGAGACAGUUUAUAAGUCGUUUGAUCAAGGAGAGGGUUUUGGGUACGUGGACGUGGGUGUGAUACCGAAGGGGGCGCGGGACAUUGUGGUAAAGGAAGUAGAGGAGGCAGGUAACUUCCUGGCCCUGAGAGGUGUGGGGUCGGAUGAGUACUUCCUCAACGGCAACUACAUCAUCCAGUGGAACGGGGAGUACGAGGCGGGGGGGACCACAUUCUACUACGAGCGCAGAAGCAACAUGGAGAAUCUCACUGCUCCUGGGCCCACUGAGCACCCAGUCAUGCUACAGUUAAUUUUUCAGGAGAGGAAUCCUGGAAUUAAGUACGAGUACACCGUCAAGAAGACCAAAAAGUCAGAAAAUGAGGUCACUGAAUCUAUUUACAGCUGGAGACACGGAGCCUGGACACAUUGCAGCACCACCUGUGGCCUAGGUGAGCAACACCAGCCUAUACGAUGUUUUGAGGUGGACGUGGGCGUAGUCGACGAGUCCCAAUGUGACCCAGACACCCGACCAGAGGACAGACACAGAAAGUGCAAGAGUAUGGAAUGCCCGGCUAGGUGGUGGGUUGGCGGCUGGCAGCAGUGUAAUUCCACCUGUGGCUCAGACGGGGUCAGAAAACGAACCGUCCUCUGUGUACGCACGGUUUCGGGAGAGGAAAGAGUGCUCCACCCCGUGGAAUGCAAGCACCUCCUUAAGCCAAAGCCCGCGGUGCCAUGCAACAGGGAUGUGCCGUGUGGAAAGGAAUGGGCCGUUGGUGACUGGGAAGAGUGCUCCGCUACCUGUGGAGGAGGCAUCCGCUCACGCAGUAUCACUUGUGCGCUGGCAUCCCCACAAAGCUGCGACCCCACCACCAAACCCAGGUCCAGAUCGCUCUGCGCCCUGCAGAACUGCCCCAACUCAAGUCUCCGGAGACAGCCUGGGCUGCCCCCCCCAUACCGCCGUAUUUACCCGCCUAAGACCAGCCCCACUAAGUACCACGGCCCACCCACAUGGGCUCCCACAGCUGAACCUACAACAACCACCAAAGAACCUACAACUGCUUUAAUUUCUUCUACCACGUCCCUCUCAACUCAUAAUACAGCAGUCACAGAAAUUACAGAUAAAAAUGAAUACGAGUUUAGUGCUAUGGGGAGGAAGAACAAGAAUGGGAGGAAAAAAGUUUCCCCUGAACUGUCAAAUUCUACUAAAAAGGGAGCUUUUGUUGUAAAAACGGAAAAUGUCGAAGACAAGGACGAAGAAGAGGAGGGAAGUACUCCAAAUGGGGUGAUGUUCACUCGGGGAUACGAUUAUGAUUUUGAAGACGGGUUAACAGAAAGGGAGAAGAUCAUCGACCUUGAUGCUUUUACUACAGCGUCACCACUUAAAAGAGCUCCUACAAAGACACAAACACUACAGACGGGUUUGUUUAGUGUGCACAUGACCACAACUCCAUCCGCCUUGCCGCUCACCAGCACCGAGACCUGGUCGAAGACCACUCGCUAUGUAAAGAACCAGCACGCCACCUCAUACAUCAGCCCGUACACGCAGCGCAUCUCACUGACCACUCCUGCCUUCAGGGACCGCCGGGUGUCUCCCAAAUCUGACUGGCACACAAAAAAAACUCCCUCCACCACUGUCACCUCCCCCCAGACCACAGUGACGAUCGUCAAACCAAAGAAGCCUGCAGUGACGGCCAAGAGGAAGAGUUCCUCGUCCCGCGCUAAGAAGCCCUCCUCCAAAUCCAGCGCGAGUCGCUCUAAGAGCCAGAACCACCAACCGAGAAGCCCCACAAGCAGCUCCAUCAGUGAGCGAGGCGACCUGACGGCGAGAGAGACCGUCAGCAUGGAUAUAUUCUGGGUUGUAGGAAACUGGAGCGAGAAUCCACGUCAGUAUGUGGCACUUUGGGAUGAGUUGGCAGUCCGUUGUGUCACUUUAGUUCUUUUGCCGUCCAGUGUUCAACAUCCUGUGGAACUGGAGCCGUGUGGAGGAGAGUCGUGUGCAGUACGGGGAAAGAUGAGGACUGUUCCAGCACCAAGAGACCUGAGCCUGCGCGGACCUGCCACCUGCAGCCAUGUGCCAGCUGGCAGACGGGCAGCUGGAGCAAGGCGAUGUCCAGAGAGCUGUGCAUCGGUGAGAAGAAGGUAUCGUGACGUCCAGUGCAUCGAUUCUCAAAGCAAACGUCCCCUCAGACCUUUUCACUGUCAAGCUGCGUCCAGCAGACCUCUCAGCACGUUGGUUUGCCCCCCCAAGCACUGUACGAGCUGGAGCGUAUCACCCUGGGGCCCGUGCUCUGGCAGCUGUGGAGAAGGCCUCAGAGAGCGGACGGUGUCCUGCCCUGAACCUCAUCGCUGUAGCAACACAUUACGGCCGAACAGCACGGAACUGUGCAGCUUACCACAAUGUGCCCACUGGAAGACUGACAGCUGGGAGGAGUGCUCUGUGAGCUGUGGUGGGGGCCUCCAACAACGUGCCGUAAACUGUGUGAGCGGGCAGAAUUCGGCUGAGAUGCCGAACAGCCUCUGUGAGAAGGUUUCCAAACCAGAAACACUCAGGAAGUGCAAUACGCAGGAAUGCAAGACAAACUCAGUUUGCAGGAAAAACACGAUGUCGUCCCGCUUCUGUGACAAGCUGAAACUGUUGGGCCGCUGCUCUCUCAAGUCAGUCCAAAGACAGUGUUGUGUCUCUUGUGGGGCGUAAGCAGGACUGGACAAAUUCUGAAUGCACAGCUUACUGUAUCCUCAUGAAAUACUGUGUAAGGCCGAGUACAGACUGACACGACCAUUUCUACAAGCACAACUUUAUCAGUAAAAACAUAAAUGGCUAAGGCUGAGCCUAGAAAUUUUUUUGUUUGUUUAUUUAGUUCUAAGUUUAUAUUUAAACAUUUGCAAAAUGAGCAAAAAAAACAAGCCAAAGCCCUGACAGUAAUGCUAGAGACCAUUUUUUGAGCUAACAAGGGACUCAAAAUAUUUCAUCUAAAAACAAUUGACUUUUUGAUUUUUUUAAAUCCAAAUAUUGAAUUUUUUUUUUAUAAAUAGCUCAUUUACAAAAACCACGGUAGCUCAUUUAAGCAUACCCUCUAUUUUCCUUAUUUUCUUUUUUUUUUUUACAAAAUGCUUUUCUACAAAAUACUUUUUUUUUAUGAAUGUCACUUCAUGGUUAAAUGUGUUUAAUGACUUCAUAAAGGUGCUGUAUUUAGAGUUGGUGCUGACGAUUCACAACUACACUGUCACAUUACCAGUCACUAUUUUUACUUUUUU